AAUGUCCAGAACGUUACAGAAAUACCUUCGCGUGCUUUCCACUUACGAAUUUAGGGGUGUCGUCGCUCAUAUAAUCGACUACGGUAUUUUGAGGAUUUGUUGACAGGAUAAACCCUUCUUAUCACCUUUCGUAAUAAUCUUUAGGAGUUUAUGGUCUAGAAUUGACUAACAACAGCUUUUGAACUUGGUGAAGCUGAAGACAUCGCCAUAACCAUGCUAUGUUGGGGAAAUGCCUCCUAUGGCCAGCUUGGAUUGGGUGGAAUUGAUGAAGAGAUCAUAGUAGAGCCCCGCAAAUGCGAAUUCUUUAAUGGGAAGGUGGUGCGAGGUGUAGGAUGUGGGAGAAGACACACUGUUUUUCUGCUUGGAGAUGGAACUGUGUAUACGUGUGGCUGCAAUGACCUGGGACAGCUGGGGCAUGACAAGGCACGCAAAAAACCAGAGCAGGUAAUGGCACUUGAUGCUCAGAACAUUGUAGCAGUAUCUUGCGGUGAGGCUCACACUCUUGCUCUAAACGACAAAGGACAAGUGUUUGCAUGGGGACAGGCUUCUGAUGGACAGCUCGGCCUUGCCAACAUUGAAGAAUGUAUGCGUGUACCCAGAACAAUCAAGAGUUUGUCAGAGGUCCAUGUUGUCCAGGUCUCCUGUGGUUAUAGGCAUUCCCUUGCACUUUCUAGGAGGGGACAGAUUUUUUCUUGGGGACAAAAUAGGUACGGGCAGUUAGGACUGGGGAAAGAGAGACUUUGCGUCUUGACCCCACAGGUCAUCCAUUCUUUACAGGGCAUCCCAUUUGCCCAGAUCUCAGCAGGAGGUGCUCACAGCUUUGCACUCACUAUGUCUGGGGCUGUAUUUGGUUGGGGACGAAACAAGUUUGGCCAGCUGGGCCUAAAUGAUAACAAAGAUCGAUGUUUUCCAUCCUUACUGAAGACACUCAGGUCACAAAGGGUCGUUUAUAUAUGCUGUGGAGAGGAUCACACUGCGGCAUUAACAAAGGAGGGAGGUGUGUUCACAUUUGGAGCAGGUGGCUAUGGCCAGCUGGGACACAACACCCUAAACCACGAAGUUAACCCACGAAAGGUUUUUGAACUCAUGGGGAAUGUUGUUUCACAAGUAGCUUGUGGUAGGCAACAUACCUUGGCAUUCAUUCCAUCCUCUGGCAAGAUUGAUUCUUUUGGUCUUGGAGGAAAUGGACAACUUGGCACACGUUACACCUGCAACAGGAUAAGUCCUGCUCCGGUAAAAGGCCAAUGGAGAGCUCACAAUGACCCCACACCAAUAGAUUCUGAUGCUGAGCAGUUCUACUGUGUGAAGCGGAUUUAUGCUGGUGGAGACCAGAGCUUUGCUCAUUGCCACUUUCCUCAGAAUGGCUCUCCCCCAGAUGAUCUGCGAAUGCGACAUUGUAAUCAGCAUGUCUUAAGCUUGAAUGAUGACCUCAUACAGAAAUGGCUGAGGCACGGUCAUGGAAGACUCGUACCAGAAAUGACAGUUGAGAUUGAUGAUGUAUUCUCAUCAGCAAGUUGUCUAAAUGGGAGCUUUCUUUCUACAAGUCAUCCAGAUCAUUAUCAUACUAGCAGCAAAUGUCCUGGGGUGGACAUGAAUAUGGCUCGCCUCCUCUUCCACAGACUCAUCCAGCCUGAUUAUCCACAUAUCUCACAACAAAUCACUGCCAGUUUGGAGAGGCAUUUGAUUCCCAACCUCUGCAGCUCUCCUCCAGACAUUGAGGCACUGAGGCUCUACCUCAUACUUCCAGAGUGUCCUCUGUUUAAAAACCCCAACACUUACAUCACACUCACCAUUCCCUUUGCCAAGGCAGUUAUCCACCUCAGCAGUGCUCCCCUCAAAGUGCUUGGUAAUUGGUGGUCUUGCCUUGAUCCAGCAGUGUUUCAAGGACUAGUGGAAUUGUAUAAAGAGGUGAUUGUGUAUCUGCUCCGGAUGCAGAAGAUGGGAAUUUCACCAUCAGAGCACAGGACAUUUACCUGCUUCCUUAGUACCUGUUUGAAAUUUCUGGAGAUUCUGCACACUGUAAAUGAGCGAGCUGGCCAAAUUAUUCAGUAUGACAAGUUUUAUAUACAUGAACUGGAAGACCUUGUUGACAUCAGGAGUGAUUAUGUUACAUGGAUCCAGCAUCAGAUGUUCUCCAUGGCCUGGGAUCCCGCAGGAAGCAACAAAAAAGCCAUGGACUCUCAGGUCACCCUGUGCAAAUUCCCAUUUGUAUUUGAUGCUCAGGCAAAGACCACGCUCCUUCAAACUGAUGCUGUUAUCCAGAUGCAGAUGGCUGUGGAUCAAGCAGAAAGACAGAACUUCAGCUCUUUAUUCCUGCCUGGUGGCAUGGUGGAGUCAGUAAAUCCGUGCCUCAUUCUCAUGGUGCGCAGAGAAAAUGUUGUUGAGGACACUAUGGAGGUUUUGCGGAAGUCCAAAAAUGUUGAUUACAAGAAACCUCUAAAGGUGAUCUUUGUUGGAGAGGAGGCUGUGGAUGCUGGAGGUGUGAGGAAAGAAUUCUUCCUCCUCAUCAUGAAAGAACUGCUGGACCCUAAAUAUGGCAUGUUCAGGUAUUACAAGGAGUCCAGACUCAUCUGGUUUUCGGACAAGACAUUAGAAGAUAUCGACUUAUUCCACCUCAUUGGGGUCAUUUGUGGUUUGGCCAUUUAUAAUAUGACUAUAGUGGAACUAAAUUUCCCUGUAGCUCUGUACAAGAAACUCUUGAAGAAAACUCCGACUUUGGAGGACCUGAAGGAGCUCAUGCCUGUUGUUGGCAGGAGUCUGCAAGAAUUAUUGGACUACAUGGAAGAUGAUGUUGAGGAUACAUUCUGCUUGAACUUCACAAUUACUGUGGAAAACUUUGGUGAAACUGAGGUAUUGGAGCUGGUGCCUAAUGGAAUGAACAUCACUGUAAACAAUCACAACAGACAAGACUUUGUAAAUGCCUACGUUGACUACAUUUUCAACUCAUCCGUGGCUCCUCUUUUCAAUGCUUUCUAUGCUGGGUUCCACAAAGUAUGUGGAGGGAAAGUUCUGGAGCUUUUUCAGCCAAAUGAACUACAGGCCAUGGUUAUAGGGAACACUAAUUAUGACUGGAAAGAACUUGAGAAGAACACAAAGUACAAGGGAGAAUACUGGCCUGAACACCCCACUAUCAAAUUCUUCUGGGACGUCUUCCAUGAUUUACCUCUGGAAAAGAAGAAGCAGUUCCUGUUGUUUCUCACGGGUAGUGAUCGAAUCCCCAUCCUGGGCAUGAAAAGUCUUGUCUUGGUCAUUCAGCCAACGGGAGGUGGAGAGAACUAUCUUCCUGUUGCCCACACUUGCUUCAAUCUUUUAGAUUUGCCCAAGUAUACAAGCCAAGAAAACCUCAAAGAAAAGCUUCUACAAGCCAUUGAACACAAUCAAGGCUUCAAUCUGGCAUGAAAGUUUUCAGGGAUACAGAAUUUGUUUCUAGACCAUAGAUUUGAGACUACCAAUUAAAAAUUAAAAUGAGAGUUAAAUACUCAAUGGAGAUUAAUAUAAUACUAUAAUCUCAUUAGUUUGCACUAUUGACAGACAGGCAUCAAUGUUUUAUUAUACUUACCAAUUAAAGUUUUGAUGACACCUUGUA